CAAAGAAUUUGUUCUCAACCCAAUCAAAACUUCAGCAAGCCACCACCAUGGCGGGGAGGAGGCGAAAUAAUCGCUGUGAUACAGAAUCAAAUUCAAGUGGAAAAUCAACAAAAUCAUGUUCAUUUUCUGUUGAAUUAUUUAGACGCAUGAUUGCUGAAUACUUAUGUACGUUCCUGUUCAUUUUAAUUGCAGGGGUAGCCACGCCAAACGGUGAUCAAUCGGAUGUUGAUGUUAUGAAAACGGCCCUGACGCUCGGAAUGGCAGUUGUGACAUUGAUACAUUGUUUUGAGAGGAUAAGUGGAGCACAUAUGAAUCCAGCCAUCAGUAUUGGAAUGAUGACAGCAAGGCAUGUCAGUCCCCUUACCGGGGUAGUGUACAUCGUAGCACAGAGUAUUGGGGCCAUCACAGGAACAGCUCUGCUGAAGGGUUGUCUGCCUGAUCUAGUCCAAACUAACACUGGAAUGAAUGAUCUUGAUUUGGGGAUCAUUAAUGGCUUCCAAGCAUUUGCAUUAGAAUUGAUAAUGACAUUUAUCUUGAUGUUUACUUUCUUUGCAACAACUGAAGAUAAUAACCUAAUUGGACAUCGCCCCUCAGGGGCUGUACCAGUUGGUCUUGCAUUUCUUCUUAAUACGUUAUGGGGUUUUAAAUUUACUGGAGCAAGUAUGAAUCCCGUAAGGAUUUUGGGGCCGCUUGUGAUUCUUGGCAACCUUGAAAAUAUUUGGGUGUAUGUUGCUGGACCAACCUGCGGAUGUCUUCUUGCUGCUUUUGUGUACAAGUACAUAUUUAACGCCAGUAAAGGUCAGUGGAUGACGCCCUCAACAUACGAUGAUCAAGAAGAAAUAGAAUUGGAAGCACCUGCUUCCCAGGAUGCCUAAAAUCUUGAUGUCUUGGUUGACAGUUUUGCUAUUGGUAUGUCAAUUAAUUGGUAGAUGGGACAACUGAGCUGCUCAUUGUUCAUUUAGCCGACUGAUUCACCUCUCUAAUGAAAGACUAGUAUUUAGGAGUGAAAAGCUCCUCUCUAGCAAUUUUAAACUCAAGUUGCUGAGUUCACUUCAUGAGGGACCUGGGCCAAACUCAUCAAAUUUAGUAAAUGAUAGUGUGUUGUAGUAACUGUAUUAUGUUGAUAGUAGUAUUAUGCAACAGUAGCAUUGUAUGGUGGUAGUUACAUUGUUAUAAUGCAGGCCAUUGCGCAAUCCUAACUUUCAGAAUUUGGACCAAUGUCAGCCCAUCUAGACAGUGUCAAAUGUUAAGUGUGAAAUGUGUGUGCAAGUGAAGGUCUUAGUGCGUGUGGAGUGUACGGGAGUGGGGGAUGUUAAGUGCCAAAUGUGUGUGGAAGUGAAGGUCUUGGUGUGUGGGUGG